UAAGAUUAGACAUUUAAAUCUAGGCGUGUUUCCUGCUGCCAUUGAGUUAAAAAAAAGAAAAGCAGAGAAAAGGCGCUGGCAUCCUGCAGGGGAGGAAAAGAGCAUCAAACGAGCUUCACGCGACAGGCGGUUCUUCUUCUUCCAAAUGUGUUUCAUUCCUGGAGGACUCGUGCCAUGUUUAUUGACGCAGACGCGCGGAGGACCUCCAGCAGCGCGAGCCGCAGUCCAACGUGUGAAUGAUCAUUUAUGAAAUCUUCGAGAUGAUAUGAAUGUCACUCGGUCAAGGUCCGCGCUCCCGACGCAGCAGCCGCGGCCGGAUUCCGCACGUUCGGCUGGGAAACCGACGACACCGGCGUUCGGGUGAAUUAGAUUGUGUGUUUUUAAAAAAAACAACUAAUACUGUCCGUUGAGAGGAGACUGUCGUGUGUUUUUUGUGUGUUGUUGUUGAGCAGCGUGGGAGCCUCGCGGUGGGAAUGACACGCCGCGGGUGAAGACGGGAAACGGGAAAAAUAAUAAUAAUGAUGGGACAAGAAACCCACGAUGUGACUGCGACACUUUGACCCGUGAAGACGGAGCGGGGAGAAAACUACAACAAAGGAAAUCUUUUUUUAAAUUUUUUUUAUACAGGCAUCGGCUUGUGCACAAAUCUACAACACCGCCGAGCUGAGACGCCUCGUCUCCAUAAAACAAACAAAAAAAACAGCUGGCACGCACGCAGGCGCGCGCGCACCAUGUCGGCGGUGAUGGUCACACGAAAGGUGCGAAAAUGGGAGAAGCUCCCGGGGAAGAACACGUUCUGCUGCGACGGCCGGGUGAUGAUGGCCCGGCAGAAGGGGGUCUUCUACCUGACCCUGUUCCUCAUCGUCGGGACCUGCUCGCUCUUCUUCGCCUUCGAGUGUCCCUACCUGGCUGUCCAUCUGUCUCCUGCCAUCCCAUUUUUCGCCGUCCUGCUCUUCCUCUUCGUCAUCGCCAUGUUGUUGAGGACCAGCUUCAGUGACCCCGGGGUGCUGCCACGGGCCCUCCCGGAGGAGGCCACGUUCAUCGAGAUGGAAAUUGAGGCUGCUAAUGGGAACGUCCCCGCAGGGCAGCGGCCGCCACCUCGAAUCCGCAACGUUCAGAUUAACAACCAGAUCGUCAAACUCAAGUACUGCUACACUUGCAAGAUCUUCCGACCACCUCGAGCAUCUCACUGCAGCAUCUGUGACAACUGCGUCGACCGCUUUGAUCACCACUGUCCCUGGGUGGGGAACUGCGUGGGCAAGAGGAACUACCGAUACUUCUACAUGUUCACCCUGUCGCUCUCCCUGCUCACCAUUUACAUCUUCACCUUCAACAUCGUCCACGUGGUGAUGCGUUCAGUGGAUGGCGGCUUUUUGAACACUUUGAAGGAGACACCUGGAACUGUUCUGGAGGUUUUGGUGUGUUUCUUCACCCUGUGGUCAGUAGUGGGACUGACGGGCUUCCACACCUACCUGAUCUCUCUCAACCAGACCACCAACGAGGACAUUAAAGGAUCCUGGUCGGGAAAGAACCGAGUCCAGAACCCGUACAGCCACAAGAACUUCAUGAAGAACUGCUGCGAGGUGCUCUGUGGGCCGACCUACCCGAGUGUCCUGGACAGAAGAGGAAUGACGCAGGAGGAUUUGACCGUUUCUUCUGCGUCUGCUGCGCCCUCAUCUUCUAGCAGCAGCAACGCUGCUCCACAAACCACGAAAACCACGGCCCCGCUCAUCCCCAACGAGCACACGCCCGACGACGCCAGGCCGAGCAUCGCCGCUUCAGCAGAGAACAGCGACUCCUCCAAAGAGGGAUUCCCUCCUGCUAAGACGGUUCCACCCCUGGCUUCACCCGAGACUGACGCGUCCCUGCCCAAGGACAAGGCCCAGUAGCUGCAUGAAGGGGGUGGCUCCUGCCUUAGCCACUACCCCCCCUCCCCCCACACUCCCCCAACCCCCCGGUAUCCUGCCCGGUCAGGAACUAAAACAUUGCUAAUCCGUGUGUGAUUACAGCGCAGGUGACUCCUACUUUCAACCAGAGGAGCGAAGCUUCUGCGCUGCGGAGCCUCCGACUCCCUCGUCUCCUCACCAGUAGCCGCAGAGCUGUUUGAUGGUUAGUUACUCCUGCAGGAGGAGGAGGAGGGGUGAUUAAAGUGGAAAGUCAGCAGCUUCCUUUCUGUCUCCUGAACACUGCAUGUAAAAAGACACACGGGGCAAGAAGCUGCCGGACGAACUGAAGAGAAAAGAAGCUCUCCGGCGCGCGUGACAUCGCCACGGGUCGCUCUGAUAAAAUGUAUUUAAAAUUGCAUAAUGACAUUUAUCGUAAGAGGCCAGUUUAAAUAUAUCCCUUGCAAGUGUCUAACAAAGACAAUAUUACUUCUGGACAUGUAUAAGACUUCAUGCAUACAGUUACCUUUCUGUUGUGUGCACAUUACAUGCCCUAUGCAAACCAUGAGGAGGCUGGACAAGCGGCUUUUUGAUGUGUAGAAAGAAGGAAGGACAUCUGUGAGUCUUUGGGGUCACGUCAAGUCCCCCACACAGGGGGAGGACAUGCCGAUCCUUAGCUGAGAUGUCCUAACGGCUCCCUCCAGGCAAGUCAAACUUCCUUGCGAUGUGAUAUUGCUGCAUUCAGUACUGUCGUCACUUACGUGCAUCUAUUUUUUAAAGCGAUCCAGACCAACGCCUGUCCUUCCAUUUUUUUAUAUAACAAAGAUGUAUCGAGAUGUCGGUGCUCCAAAACUGAGGGAAUCGCUUGACGGGCAGUUGAAGUCUUGUGUGCAGGAGCCGCUCAUCAACCAGAGAUCCAGUGAGUGAGAGAAAAGGCCUGACGUCUCCUGACAGCAGACACUGGUAGUGACAGUGCCUUAUCACAAUAGUUGCACCGUCAAAUGCAACUCAGGUCGACCGUCAGAGGAAACCCGUGAGAUCCGUUAUAGACAAUAAUACAGUGUUAAAUGGGAAAUGCCUUCGUCUAUACACCAAUUAGUCCAGUGUUUCCCAACCAGAUGGUUGCAAGAUAAUUCUAAAUCAUUUUAAGAGGUUGUUGAAUAUUUUGGGAGGGUUUAUUUGUUUUCUUCCAGAGAGUUGGAUGAGAAGAUUAAUACACCUCUCAUGUCCGUGUAGUAAAUUUGAAGCGACGGCAAGUAGGGGGUUAGCUUAGCUUAGCAUGAAGACUGCAAACGGCACCUCCAAAGCCCACUUUUAAUACGCUAAAUCAAAUUCGAUCGUCUUACUUUUUUCUUUUUUUUUCUUUUUGUACAGAUUUAACCAAAACAUUAGUGAGCUUUAGAGGUGCUGGCAGAUGUCUUUUAACUUUUAAACAGAACAAGGCUAGUUCCCCUGCUCUCUGCUUUUCAAUGCUAAGCUAAGCUAACCAGCUGCUUUCUGAAGCCUCAUAAUAAGAGAGUCAAUCAAUCCACUCAUCCAAAUCCCAACAAGAAGUCCUAUAAAACGUGUGUGUUCCUUUCACCAGGAAGAGAAUAAUACACAUUCACGUAGUACAAAAAUGUGCUUUUUUUCCUUGUAAAAUACUGUGAAUGUUUCUCAGUAUGCGUGCGAAGUAGCUUAGUUUCAAGGGGCUCAGAGGUCUGAAGGGUUGGGAACCACUGAAUUAAACCGUGUGAAACAACAAAACAACCCUAAGCAAAGCCAUUGUUGAACUGUACAGAGUUUUAGAACGUGAAGAUACGCUGUGUUGCAGUGGGGCCGGUGUUAACUAUGCUGCCUGUGAGCUUGAGCACUCAAUCCUGCAAAUCACACCAGAGCCGAUCUUCCCCGGAGUUCUCCCUCUUCCUGCUUUCUUUUUGCCUCUUACCUCGAUACGAACACAUUUGACUCCUCUCCUCUUCCCGGCAACUCUGUAGUUUUUGGCAGGCUCGUUAUCUGCAGGAAUAAGGCCAGAGAUCCCUUUCACUCAUCCGUGUUUUUCAGCGUUUAACGUGGCCGCAGACUUUUUGUUUUUGUUUUGGAGCCGCCGCAGAAAUGACAGAGGGAAAGGGAAGUAUUUAAAUGAUGUUAGCUGAUAGUGAGGGUUUGUAAUUGUGAUUGUGUUGUAUGCAAGACAGAGUUGGUGUUUGUGAAAUAUACUUGUGUAGAAGUUCUAGCGUGUCAACAGCUUCAGAGUCUGAAAUCAAUUUGUGUGGUCCCAUCAUAAUGGGGCAAUUAAAGCUCAAGAGACUCCCCACUUUUGAAAGUUGAAUCUAGGCCAGUUUUAUUAAUUAUUAGUUCACAUGGGGAUGGUUUUCUCGAUUGUUUGGUCUAUGAAAUAUUAAACAUUCAACAUACUGAAAUUGAUGUUAGAAUUUUUAAGUCAUUAAAAAGUCAUUAUCAGAAGGUAUUUUUAUUCAAGAACCUGGAACCAGCUCAAUUUAGUCAUUUUUGGUUUAAAUAAAAGCAGUCGAUACUUUUUAUUGUCGGUCGACCAGCUGAUUAAUUGACCAAUAGUUUCGACUGAAGAUGUAUCUCCACAAUCAGGGGAGGUAGCUGACACAUCUCUGCUGGGAGAAGCUUUUAAGUCUGGAUCGUUUCUGUGAAGUAUAAAAAAACUGCUGAACAAUAAGAAGUAAAACUGAGUGUGUGAACUUCCUUUGUAGAAAGUAUUUGAAGACCGCGUGUUUGAUAGCUGUCACCGAGAAGCAAGAAUGUAUGAAUGAUAUUUAAUAAAAGAAGGGGCGGGGGGUUUUAAAAGGGACGUUAUAGGUUUUAAAGGUUUUGCAGACUUAAGAUCUGAGCUGAUCCGUCGUACUUCUGAUUCCUGUGUUGAAAUGCCAUUCAUUACGUGGUCAGAUCUGAAUGCUCUGAUCAAUCUACUACAUUGCAUUAUGUAAACAGAUACAGUACUAUAACAUUGAUGGAACUCUUUAAUUUAUGAUCACAUUGUUAAGUAUCAGCACUGUGAUUAUCUGUAUGUCAUUCAAUUUACUUCACUUCUUUUUACAUGAUCAAUGUCUGGUAAAUAAACAAUAUUGUCUUAUUAUUUUAA